UGAUAUUUGUGAAAUUUAUCUUGGUGGACAUCGAAGGAUUGUGAUUUCUCGUCCUGAAUAUCUUGAAAAUAUGUUAACCCCUUCAGCUACAGACACUACUUUUAUGACAAGAGCACUAUAUUCUAAAGAAUUAGAAGAAUUUGGAAUGGCUGGAAGAGGUGUAAUAUUUAAUCAUGACGUAAAAAGUUGGAGAUUUAAUCGUCAAUUGUUAAAUAAAGCUAUUCUGUCACCAAGCUUUAAUAUCGAAGCUGUCAAAUGGAUUGAUAUGAUUUUUCAAGAAUUAGAAGGAUACUGGAAUUCUCUCGCUAAUAUUAGUAAAUGUUGUGACAUUUCACAAGACAAUAAAAAUAGUUGGUUGCUGGAAACAGAUUUAUCAUUAUGGACACAUAGAUUUGCAAAUGAUAUUAUUGUAGUUUUAACUACUGGUGAAAGAACUUACGCUAUGGUUUCGCUUUAUAACAAAUUGGAUCCCAUAAAAGUGAAUCACUCUGAUGCAUUGAUCGAAGAUUCUGAAAGAUUUAUUCAAGGAAUUAGCAAACACGUUUUAGGUUUCUCAUUAUUUUCGUUCCUUAAUUCAUCCAUACUUCAUAACAUACCAUUUAUUAAAAGUAAUGUUAAAUCAAUAGUUGAAAAUCGUGAUUAUAUGUUUAAAAAGAUAGAUGCAAUUAUUAAGAGAAAAAGAAAGGAGGUUGAAGUGAUGCUAAUAGAGAAAGAAUUCAAGCAUGAAUUGUUGACAUCUUUAAUUAUUACUAAUACUGAAAUGGAUACGGAUAAUGUGAAGACUGUUGGAAAUAGACCGAUGACAGAUGUUGAGAUCAGAGGUAUUUUACUUGAUACUUUCUUAGCUAGAACCAAAACUAAGAUGAUUGCCGAAAUUGACUCAAUAUUCCCUCAAAAUACUUGUCUAAAUCAUAAUGGCCUCUUAAAAUUAGAUUACUGUACAGCAAUAAUUAAGGAAGUUGAUCGAAUCAUGCCAGCUUCAAAUAUACUUUCAAGGUAUACAAAUAAUCCGUGUGAAAUAGCUGGUUAUAAAUGGAAUACUGGAACUGUAUUUCAUGUAAAUUUGAAUGGUAUUCAUAAACACAAGGAUCAUUGGUCUAAUUCUGAAAUUUUUGAUCCUGACCGAUUUUAUAAAAAAGAUGAUAAACUUGAUAGAUAUAAAUUUUCUUUUGCAAUGUUUGGUGGGGGAUUGCGUAUUUGCCCAGGAAGAAAAUUAGCAAUAAUCAAAGUACUUUCUUUAAUGGUAUUAAUCUAUAGAAAAUAUGAUAUUGAGUUAGUUGAUUCAAAGGCCCCAUUAAAAACUACAAUAGCGUUAGUAACUGUCUGUGAAGAAUUACUAAUUAGAAUUAAGCAUCGAAAUUAA